UGUUGCUGCGUUUGCAUAUGGCGAACUCGUGAGAGAAUGUGAGAAGUUUAUUAUUAAUGUGUUAUUGUUACCAGAAGAGGAGAAUCGUGAAGUUGGACUGUGUUUCAAUUAGCGACUCUUUUUCCUGCUUAAGUUCUGGUCCGUCAGUGAUGGUAUCGUGUGUCUGUUUCGUCAGAUUGUUAAAUAAUCGCCGUCGGAAUUUCCUUCAGAAAUACUGCUUAUUUUCUCUUGGCAGAAGUUGUAAAUAGAGGAAGGACAGAACCAGUGGCAUAAUUAUAAACUUCACUAUUUGCAACGUGAUUGUAUUGUGAACGUUUUAAUUAUUAAUUUACGUAAGCGAAUAACGACGUGUUAUUGAAAUAUUUUGUGGAAGUAAUUUGUGUACGUGAUCACUAUUUCAUGUUAGUAGGAAGUGGAGUAAAAAAUGGGGGGCACAAGAUUUAUGGUGCAGUGGGAAGAACAUCCAUCACAUCUGGCUACACGCCUUGGACAUCUUCUCGAGCAUCAGACUCUAGUUGACGUUACGCUAAUGUGUAAUACUCAUACACUGCGCGUUCAUCGCGCAGUCCUUGCAGCAUGUAGUCCUUAUUUUGAGACAAUAUUACAGCGACAGCUGGGUAUGCAUCCAUUGAUUGUACUGAAGGAUAUGCAGUUUUCUGUUCUGAAGUCCCUCAUAGAAUUUAUGUAUUGUGGAGAGACAAGUGUCACUGAAGAUAACCUUGGCCCACUUCUUCAGGCAGCAAAAUUUUUCCAGGUGAAGGGGCUGUCUGCAAUGACCAAGGAGGCACUCGGUUUGUCAUCUACAGGGAACAAAGCUGUUACCGGUGAUGCAGCAAGGAAAGCUUUUGUUGGGAGAUCAAAACGUGUCCCAAUACAACAAAAUUUUGUAACAAAGAGUCUUCCAUCAUCAAGUGCAAGCUCGUCACAAUUGACAGUUGAUGCCAAACAAAUCAUUCAACCUUCAGGCAAUAAGUCAGUUAUUAUGCAACAGCCAGAUAAUCAGCAGCAGACAGACACUGCUCAGCUUCUGUUAUCAUUGUCUGGUAGUGAAUUUACUAAGCAGACUCAGUCCCUUCAAACCGUGAGCAAAACAAUAAGAUUUCAGAAUUCAGUUGGAACAAGUUCAAUAAAAAGUGAACCUGUGAAGACUGAGCCAAAUAUCAAACCAAGGACAAUAAAGUCUGAAGCUGUUGAGCAGCCUACUGCUGUGGUGCCUAUAAGUAAUAGAACAUUAUCAGCACAAGUACCACAUCAGGUCACAGAAACUGUAAGUGUAAAAGAUACAGCUGGAGCCCCAGCUCAAACUACAUUUCUUGCUGAGACCAUACCUGCUAGAAAGCGUGGAAGGCCAGUAAAAAGGCAGAUGAAUAUUGUAUUCCAGGAGAAGGUACUUACAGAUGCAGAUAUGGCUCUUCAUAAGGAAGCAGAAGCAAGUAGGAAAGCCUUGGAAGUUCUUCGUCAAGAAAUGGCUGUAGAUCCACUGGAGAAAGCAUCAGGGGCAAUUUCCCAACAGCCAGAUCCACUUCGCAAAAUAACUUCACAUACUGGAACAGCAACAACAAUGAAAAUGCAAAUGCCUGUAACUCCUGUUGGUGUUACAUCAUCUCGUGCACCUUCCCGCAUUCAGACAUCAUCUGUAAAAAAACCUGUUUCACACACAACUUACAUAACGAAAUCAAUACAGAAACCAGCAGCAGAUCCUCCUAGAAAGGUUCUGGUUCAGGAAGAACAACCAAAUGAUGCACCAAAAAGGGUAGUUAAUUCACCAGAACAACCACCAGUUCAAGUUGUUGCACCUAAUACUGUUUCACCUGCUACAGAACAAGUUCCUAGCGACUGUUCAAAUGCCAAUACUAAUGUUAUCUAUCAAGUUGCUAAUACUGUAGUGUCAAACCAAGAAAUGUUCCAGAUUGUUGAUAACACCAACUCUCAAGAUAAAUCACAAAAUAUUGUGUAUCAAGUGGCUGAUGGAGUGACGGGAUCUGAAGCUGACAAUGAUAAUACAGGUUCAAAUAUUAUAUACCAAAUGGCAGAUUCCGGUAAUACCACUUCUGUUAUGGGUCAGUAUAUGGAAGUCUUGAAGGAAGCUGGAAUUCCAACUGAUGUCCCAAUUCUGUUAGAUAGUGGAGAUGGAUCUUAUGUUACAGUAAAUGAAGAAAUGUUAAUGAAUAUUGUUAAUGGAGGUGUUUUUCAGUGCCAUGUUGCAGAAGGUAACAUAGUGACAGGAGACAGAUUAGAAUUUAUUGUCCAGGAGGUGGAUGGUGAAGGGCAGCAAACGGCUGAGCAACCAGUACAAAAUACUGCAGAACAGACAGCAACAGAGACAGCAGAAACAUCAUCAUUAGGAGUUGUGUCUCAAGUAUCUGAAGCAACACACGCAUCUGUUGGCCGUGACAUGCCUACAAUUGAAGAAGAUCAGUCUGAAAAUAUUUUGAUAGAAAAUUUAUCUUCAGAUAGCAAUGUAGGUGGAAUUGAGACAUUUGAUAGUAAAACAACAGUGCAAGAAGAUACUGCAUCUGCAGCUAAUCAUGAAGUUGCUGAGCAGAAAACUGUAACAGUAGACGGUGUUGCUCUUACUGAAAAUUCUGUACAGCCUAAUAGCAAUAGUGCACUAGAUGAAGCAGGUGGUUCAGAGACAGUUUCUUUUGAAAAUGAAGUUGUGGAUGCAAAACAAACUUGUGGAUCCACAGAAAAUGAAACGGUUUUUAAAAGCAGUCAGUCUAUUAUUCAGACAGAAAACUUGUCAUUUGAGACUGGAGAAGUACUACAUGCAGAAAAUUCAGGCCCUGAAUCCCUAGAUUUUAAUGUGCAACAAGACUCCACUGAAAUAAAAUCUGAAUCUUCGUCAGCCCAAAAUUAUGAAGCCGGACAAUUAGUGGAACCUCUGUUAAAAAAUGUAGCAAUUUUUUCAGAAGAGAAAACUGUCAAGACACAGAAUGAUGAGACCACAGAUGAUAGUGAAGUCACAACAAAUGAAAGUGAUUGUGUGCAAGAGAAUGAAGUUACUUUUACUUACACAGAUGCAGCUGGUUUGCCUUCACUAGAUGACUACCCUGAAAGCCAGGAAUCUACUGUAGUUAGCUUCGAAGAAAAGGAAAUUACAAAUAAAAAUGAAAAUUCAAAUCAAAGUGUUAUUCCUAUGCAUUCAAAUGUCAGUGUUAGUGAUACCUUAGUGAGUUCAGUACAGGUUGAAAAUAUUGUUUAUAGAGAAGUUAGUGAUGAAGUUAUAACUGGUGAUCCUUAUGGAGAAGAUCCAUCAGAUGGUUGUUUAGUACAAACUGCUACUAAUAUUAAAACUGAUGAAACACCAGAAGAAUUUCAGAACCAUAAUGACAUCAAGGACUGCCAAAGAUUUCAAAAUGUUACUGACAUGGAAGCAAGUGAACAGGUAACUGGUCAAGAUCAACUUCACUCAUCAGAAAAUAGUGGAAUGUCUGUUGAACAAGCACUAGAAGCCAUGAUGGGUGAUGAAAAUUCUGAUAUACAACAGGACACAGGUGAUAACAGUGAAGUUGCUCAUAGGACUUCAGAAACAACAGAUGCAAGUGGUGAUACUGAAGUGUGUAAUGAAAAGUCAAAUAGAGAAGAACUGUGUUUAAUGCUCAGUAGAGAUGAAGAUGCACCAAAACUGGAUGAUCAGAAAUGUGCAGCAGAAACAAGAAAAGUGACGGGUUCUUUUACUCUUGUUGUAAACUCAGAACAACAGAAAGAUGAUCCAGACAAUACUGCUGAUACAUUUAUAUCAGCCCCAUCUACAGAAGUAACUGAAAAUGAGGAUCUUAACUGUACACUUAGUGAAAGUGAGAAUGUUAACCAAGAAGAGAGUGAUCUAACUGUUGAGGACACAGUGGCAAACACUAGUCAUUGUGUUGGUCAGGAAAGAAGUGUUAUUGUACAGAAUGAUAACCAAAAUAAUAUGAAAGAUGAUGAAACUGAGAUUGUAAGUACCGUGGAGAGUAUUUGUGAUAAUGGUAAAGAGGUAGUAGUGCAUGAUGUAUAUGCCCAAGAUGCAGUUGAGACAAGUGAAGUUCAAAAGAUCACUGUUUCAGAUAUCACCGAAUUACCUGAAAAUUAUAUAUUACUUACAGAUGCCAAGACUGAGGGUCAAGUCAUAUCACCCAAUAAAGACAUUCCCUACGCUGUAGGACUUCUACCUUUAAAGACUGCUUUGGAAAAGUUCCAGUCAAUGCCAGACCACCAGCCCCGAAAAACACGAUCUUCAUCGACAAGCAAGGAAGGCUCAGCUGAUCCUCCUGCAGCUCGAGUAAAAAGGAAAGCUUCGUCAACUGAAGGUGGCCCUGACAGAAAAAUAAGGGCAGUGAGCACUAGUGCUGAAGAAACGUAUGAAGAAGUGAUAAGUUCAAGUGGACUACAAGUGCAAGAUAACCCAAGUAGUUGGCCCUCGGUGGAUUUAAAUGUUGAGGAACAUAGAGAAGGUCUUCAUGCAAUGUCAGAAAUGGUCACUGAACCUACAGAGGUAUGAUCAUAGAUAAUUUCAGUGGCUUAGUCAGGUAAAACUUCAUUUGUUUGUUGGUUUAAUUAUUCUCUGUAAGUUCAUUAAUUUUUACUUUAGAGGUAUAAAUCAGACGCACAUUAUCCGUAAAAGCUGCUGAAAAGGCAUUGGGCAUUCGAAAUACUGUUAGUCAUUUAAACAUUUCACAGUGUGUGUGUGUGUGUGUGUGUGUGUGUGUGUGUGUGUGUGUGUGUGUGUGUGUGCAUGCAUUGUGUGCUUGCACGCUCACAGUUUUUGUAACAAUGCUGUCAUUGUGAAUUCAAAUCCCAACUAUAAUUCAUACAUUUCAAUUAUUUUUGUAUAAUGAACUGCCGCAGUUUUGUGGGUAUGAUAUGUAAAUAAACUUUUAUUACCUAUGUUAUGAUAAACAUAGGAAAAUGCCUCUCUGUUCAUAAGACAUGUAAGUAGAAUGUCAUUAGAAUGUAAGCUAGAAGUUUGACAGGGGAGUAUGUAAGUUGCAAAAUAUGUUCAUAAAUUUUUUUCAAUGCCUCUAGUAGUUGUCUGAAAUAGCUGUGCUGAGAUAGCUACUAAUUAUAAGAUUGUAUAGUGUAAAAAUUGCAUUUAAAGUGCAGUACGAUGGUUUUUAAAGGUAGCAUGUAUGAUGUUUUAUACAAAGACUUUCAUAAAUAGUAUAAGUCCCCUAAUGAAGUAAAUGUAUUUGUUGAAUUCAGAGAAAUUCAUUGUAUAUUUUCAAAGAAGACUGUACCAUAACAUUUUGUCAUAAUAAUAGUAAGUGUAGGGCUAUACAGUACAAGUGUUUUCUCUCCUUUGGAGUCAUAAAUGGUGUAGAUCU